UGUUGUCACGUAAACUGCGCAUUGUUUUGGGCGUAAGUGAGAUUAGUGAAUUGAGCUGGAUACGUAGCGCUCCUGAGAGAGGAGCCGGCCAGCGCUCAGAGGAGCAGGCCGCCGCCGCCGCCAUGGAGGCGAAGCCCAGCGAGCUGGUGCUCUGCGACAGCCUCAUGCUCUGGUUGCAGACAUUUAAUACCUCUGGACCCUGCAAAGAUGUUCAAGACUUGACAAAUGGUGUUGCAAUGGCACAGGUACUUCAUCAAAUAGAUGUUGCCUGGUUUGAUGAAUCAUGGCUAAGCCGUAUUAAAGAAGAUGUUGGUGACAACUGGAGAAUAAAGGCCAGUAAUCUGAAAAAGGUUCUGCAAGGAAUUAUGGACUACUAUCAUGAGUUUUUAGGUCAGCAGAUUUCAGAAGAACUUGUUCCUGACUUAAAUCAGAUAUCUGAACAUUCGGAUCCUACAGAGCUGGGCAGGUUACUGCAGCUUAUUCUAGGUUGUGCAGUCAACUGUGAAAAGAAACAAGAACAUAUACAAAAUAUAAUGACCCUAGAAGAGUCUGUUCAACAUGUUGUUAUGGCUGCUAUUCAAGAGCUCAUGAGCAAGGAAAUACUGAGUUCUGUCACAAAUGAUACAUCUGGUGAAAUGGAGCAACAGAUGAAAAGAGCCCUUGAAGACCUUCAAGAAGCACUAGCAGAAAAAGAAGAACUGAAGCAAAGAUGUCAAGAACUAGACCUGCAGGUGGCUGCCCUUCAAGAUGAAAAAAACAGCUUGAUGUCUGAAAACGAGGUCAUGAAUGACAGAUUAGACCAGUUAGAUGGCUCUCUUGAUGAUCCAAAUACUGUUGUUGCAAAAAAGUAUUUCCAUGUACAGCUGCAGCUAGAACAACUACAGGAAGAAAACUUCAGGCUUGAAGCUGCAAAGGAUGAUUAUCGUGUUCACUGUGAAGAUCUGGAGAAACAACUGAUUGAGCUGCAACAUAGAAAUGAUGAGUUGACCUGUUUGGCAGAAGAAUCUAGGGCCCUAAAAGAUGAAAUUGACGUUCUUAGAACUUUUGCAGAUAAGGCAAGUAAACUGGAGUCAACAGUUGAAGUGUAUCGUAAAAAACUGGAGGACUUGAAUGACUUCCGCCGACAGGUGAAGUCUCUGCAAGACACCAACAUGAUGUAUAUGCAUAAUACAGUCAGCUUAGAGGAAGAGCUAAAGAAGGCAAAUGCAGCACGUGCUCAGCUGGAAACAUACAAAAGGCAGGUCCAGGAGCUUCAUAACAGACUUUCGGAGGAGUCCAAAAGAGCUGAUACUUUAGCAUUUGAAUUGAAGCGACUUGAAGAAAAGCAUGAAGCUUUAUUCAAAGAAAAAGAGAGACUUAUAGUACAGCGUGAUGCUCUGAAAGAAACUAAUGAAGAGCUCCGGUGUUCUCAGAUGCAACAGGAUCGCCUGAAUCAAGCAGAUGCAUCUGCUGUAAAAAGUCAUGAGAAUCUUGCUGCUGAAAUUCUACCAGUGGAAUACAGAGAAAUGUUUAUUCGACUGCAGCAUGAAAACAAGAUGCUUCUCUUGCAACAAGAAGGUUCAGAAAAUGAACGUAUUGUAGAACUCCAGGAACAGCUAGAGCAAAAGCAUCGGAUGAUGAAUGAACUGGAAACAGAAAAAAGGCUAAGCAAUGAGCGUAUUGGAGAGCUGCAGCAACAGAUUGAGGAUCUCCAGAAGGCUUUGCAGGAGCAAGGAUCCAAGACAGAAGGAUCCAGCAAGCUGAAGCAGAAGAUAGAAGCACAUAUGUAAGUAAAGCUAACUGAUAUUUAUAUACAGCCAAAAAAGAAACGGAACUCUAAUUUAAGUUUUUGAUAUAAGCAGUAAAUACAUAUAAACACUAUUAAAGGUCAGACUUAUUUCCAAAGAUGGGAAAUUCAGUUAAAACUGCCACUCUGUCCUUCAGUCACCUCAUCUGGGCUCCCAGGUGUCACACAUGUCUUGUGACAGUCACUCAUUUGACAGCUCUGUGACACCUGCCUGUGGCUCAGUCUGAAUUUCACACUUCUGGUUGAGCUGCAAAAACUCUGCCUUUUGGUCCCCAGGGACAUUGCUGCAAUGCUGAGUAGUCAGCCAGGCAGGCAUCUUUUCUCUCCUUCCUCUCCUUGCUGGAUUUCAGUCAGGAAGGAAUUCCCAGGAUGGGCAGUGGUUCUCAGCUCCGCAAAGAGAGGCCAUAAGGCUCCCUUUAACUUCUUUCUCCCUCCUGUGUUCCUGCAGCCAACUGCACCUAGUUUGCCCCACUUCCUGAAGAGCAGCCCCCUGUGACCCAAUACCCUGUGAACCCCUAUCUCCUUAGAAACCCCAGCACUCACCUAUGCCAGCCAAACCUGCCAGGUUUUGCAUAGCUCCAUGUCCUACCUCUACCAUUGCUUGGGGCAGUGUGUGUUGACCACAAGCUCAAGUUUAUGAUUCUAUGCAAAUUAGCUCACUAAACUUGCAAACAGUAUCUGCACAUAACUUGGCAGUUAUGCUUCAUAGUGAAAUGAGCCUUGUUUUUGCCAGCCACUGUUUUGAGAUCCCUUGAAAACAGUGUAUUAGGCAAACAGGUGAAUAUACAUAUUCUUCUCCUUCAAGUGUUGUCCACAUUGAUCCCCCACUUUUGCAACAUGCAUAUGUAAGUUUCAACUUUCUGAAAAGCAGCGUCUGGGGCUGGACACAUCCUCACUAACAGAUCUGAAGGCUUAGUGCUCUAUCCCUUUAUUUAAGCUUGCACCGAACUACCCUGCUUUCCCAGCACCACAGGCUCUUUAACUAUUGUGAUGGUGGUUCUUUGAGCAAUUGUGCAUGUAUACAGUCCACUGUAGGUCCAUUUGUGCCCAAUGCAUUCGAGUCGGAGACUCUUGCUGGCAGUGUUAGCAGGUAGUGCAUGCACCCCUGCUUUCCUUGCACACAGAGUCGAGGGAAAAAGGGGUAUGGCCACCACCUCUGCCUCAGUUCCUUCUUACCACUCACAGCAAGAGUUGGAGCUCCCCAUUGCUCUUGAGCUUCAGUUUGUUUAACUAACUUUACUGAAAAAAAUCUUUGUGUACAUAGUUUUUAGAGAUUUUUAGCAUUGGUUAGUAUUAGAGCAUACUAUUAGUUGUGAGAGUAGUUUAGUAGCUUAUUUAUUGGUGCAGGGUGUCUUUCAUCAUGCAGAGAUCCCCAGGGUUUAAACAGUGUGUUACUUGCAGGGCCAUGAUCCCUGUGAAUGAUAGCCACACAAGUUGCCUAAUUUGUUUAGGCCAGGGACAUGUUAAGGACAUUUAUACCUCUUUUCCUAUGACGACAAAGAAGCAAAGGGACUUCUGCCUUAAGGUACAUUUAUUUGAAAAGUGUCGUCCUUCAGAGCCCGAUCCCAGUCCUGAGAAGAUGGAGAGUUCUUCGGUGCCUUUCUGGCUGCUUCAGUUCCAAAGCCAAAAUCAGGAGAAAAACGAUGUUCUUCUCCUGUGGUCUUCUCAUAGCCUUCAAUACAGUCUUCAUUUUCUGAGGCUGUCACAGUCCGGAUUGCAUUCUUCAUCUCAAAAGGGGGACAGAUCUGCUAAAAAUGCCUCCAGUAUGGGAGUCAAGGUCUGGUCAUAAACACCAACAUUCACCAGUACUGUCUGAGGCAGCACCAUCAACUCCGGCUCCAGUGGGGCUAUCGAGACUGGGGGCUUCACCUUCUCUGUCAGCGAUAUCUACAACACUGGCACUGCUGGUUCCAGUGCCACUUGCGUUAUCUGAGAAGUACUUAUCUCUGCUAUGUGUACUGUCUAUGUCCCUGCAGCAAAAGCCUUCAUGUGCAUCCCUGUGCUUGACUCUCCUUUUCAUCACCAUCUGGUACUGAUUACAGUAGCUUCAACUACAUUGGCAUGAACAGCACCAUUUUUUUUUUUUCACUGUACCAUCAACACACUUUUGCCAGCAUAGCUGCUAACGCUGGUACAUCAUUCUGCAUUCCAUGGCCACCUGCCCUGGCCAUACUGUCCCCCUUGAACUGCUCCCAGAGCUUCCAGAUCACCAUUUGCUAUGCAGUCUAGGAGCAAGUGACCUUCUCCAGUGCCUUUGUCUAUCAGGGAACAUCUUUCAGUUCGUCAGCCAUAUCCAGUUUUGGAACCGGCAGAGGAAGGGAAAUCUAGGGAUGAACCCGCAUGUCUUUCUUUUCACAUUCUUCUUUCCCUGAUGAGUCCAUAACUCUUGAGUCAUCUUCACCACUGUCUGGAGACUUCAAAGUCUUUCAAGAUCUCACAAGGUGUGUAGUUGUUAGGAGUACAGUCAAAAUUGUGCAUGACAAUCCGCACAAGUUUUUAGGUAUUUUACAAGCUCCAGCCCCGGGAAGGGUUGUCCUUCCCAUGAAUGAAGCCCCAUUAGAUCCUGCUGAAACCUUUUGGCAAACCCCAGCUUCUGUUCCACCCACUGCCAAACACAUGGGCAGGCGUUGUCAUGUUCCCCAGCAGGAAUAUGAUUUUUUUUUUUUUUCCCCACCCACCCUGUCCCAGACUCCUUGGUAAUCAUGGCAGUGAUCAAAGAAAUCCUACCCCAAGGACAAAGAAUGUAAACAACUUAUAUAUACCACCACAAACCUUCAAAUAAUGAUGUCAAAUUAUCAAGCAUUAUUGUCCAGAUAUGUAUGUUAAUGUGUUAGUAUUUGCAAAAUUUGCAAAUUGCGAGAAGAAUACAAGGACCACUUUCUAGCAGUAGUCUCAGAAGUGCCACACGGCUGCUACUCUGAAACCUAUCUCCAAGCGACCAUUGAUGCAUCAGACACCACUUUGCACUCGAUGGCUGCAGCCAGGUCGAUGAGGCAGUCUUGGUUACAGGCCAUAGAGAGCUGUAUGACACAAUCAAAGACCUUCCAUUUGAAGAUUCUAAAUUGUUUUCUCGAAUGACUGAUAAUGCCAUGUACAUGUUAGACUCCCAAGCAACUCUCUCUUCUCUGGGAGUUUGUAUUCCAGCAACAAAAAGAAAACAGAUCAAACCUCAGACAUACUAUCGAUCUUCAUUCUACCAGCUCAGACUUCAGGAUGCUUUGAAGAGGAGAUCUAAACCAUCUAGAUGUGGGACAUCAGCUUCAUCAUCAGCAGGCUCUUCUUAUCAGACUUCUGCAUUGAAACAGUCAUUUUGAUCAAGGACAGCACACCAACCACAUCUCACCUCCUAGAGCCAGAACCUCCUUUUGGAAAGUGCCUCCCUCUCUCUUUUGCCAGGCAUGGCCUGAGAUCACAUCAGACAAGUGAGAGCUCAGCACUGUGAACGAGGGCUAUGUUAUCCUUUCUACUGCCCUUCCCUCAACCCAUCUUCCCCAUCCCUUCUCAGGAACCCAUCUCACAAAACUGUUUUACUUCAGGAAGUAUAGUCUCUUUUUGGAAUUGGGAGCAAUAGAGGGAAAUUCCUUAUCAACACAAAGGGAAAGAUGUCUGUUCCCAUUACAUGCUGAUUUCCAAAAAGUGAGGUGGUCUAAGGCCCAUUUUGGAUUUGAGAAAACAAGUUUAAUCAAGAAAAUCAAAUUCAGGAGGGUCAGCCUCACAUCUGUUAUCCCUUCCCUAGUGAUUGGUAUGCUGCCCUCGAUUUGCAGGAUGCUUACUUUCAUGUGGCAACACAUCUGGAUCACAGAGAGUGUCUUCAAUUUGUAGUUGGGAACAGGCACUGCCAGGACACUACCCUCUGGCCUGCCCUCUGCCCAAAAAGUGUUUACCAAAUGAUAGCAGCCCAUCUUCAUCAUUCUGGAGUUCAAAUAUUUUUCUACUUGGAUCAUUGGUUAAUCCAAGAAACUUCAAAGGGAUGUGUCCAGAACAGUAUUGUUAUAGAAUACACCCCUGCACUCACACCCUACACACUUUUAUAGUCAUCUUUGUACAAGGUGUGCCUUGUAAGUAUCAUUUGAAAAUUCAUAAUUUGUUGGUCAGUAUUGUCCUGAUAAAACGUGUGGCAACAUGAUUCCCCUCUAUGAUGUUAAAAAUACAUAUUCAGGUUCAUGUAGCACCAAACUGGUCAAACACAUUCCUUUGUUCAAGACAGGUCUAUGUUUGCCUUAAUUUGCAUCAAAGCAGAAGGCAGAAUCAUCAAGCUGGAAGGGACACAAAUAGGUGAAGAAGAACAGCAGGGAUCAUCCUUCCACACAGACUUUGCCUCUCAAUUCUCAACUGGAUAUGUUUUUUUCACGAGAGGGACUGGAACUAUAAAAAGCAUGGGCAAACACCCCAAGGCACCUGCCCCCCCCCACUUUAUUCUCCACACUUUAGAAGACAAAAGGAAACAGCCAUAGGACUCUAGGGGAGGAGGAGAAACCUUUGCUAGAUCAUAGCAGAGCUGAAAGUUUGCUCUGUAAUCCGCUGGAGCAUGUGGUGACACAGUUUGCUUUGCAACUAAGAGAUUCUUAAGUAGAUAUUAGUAAGUGUUUAAUCUUUAUUUUUCUUCUAAGCUUUUCUGGUUUUUAUGCCUCAUUACUUAUACCCACUUAAAAUCUCUGUUUGUAAUUAAUACACGUGUUUUACGGUUUUAUCUAUCCAGUGUGUUUAAGUUGAAGUGUCUGAGUAACUACUUAAGGUAAUGAAAUGACAUUAUUCCCUUAAAGCAGGCCUGUACAACUCGUAAAGCGGCGAGGGCCAUAUUACUCCAAAGAAAACAGCUGAGGGCCGAACCCCCC